AACGAGAUCUUGGCGUCACGCCACAAAGAUGAUAACAGUGUUGCAUGUAUUGUGGAUAAAUGUUACGUUCUUAGCUAUCCUGAAUAUUGCAGGUGAGAUGUUCACAUCAAUAUGUGUUUAGUUUUGACCACUGAGCCCUAUAUAUUUCUGGAGUGAAGCCAAGAUGGCGGCCAUUGACGUCCAAAAUCUAUGAAGGUCGUAAACAGUUUUACAGGUAAACUACGUGAAGCGUUCCUCUUUUUACUUCGUAACUCAUUUGGAAUUUUCCUCAUUAGGUUUGCAAAUUUGAAAAACUCUUUGCAAAUCCCUUGAGGGAAUUUGCAAUGUUCCUAUUGGCAGUUGGAAUAUUCCAAUCCAACAAACUUUAUUUUAAAUUUUCCUAACUUCCUGUUUUAAUUUCCUAACUUCCUGUACUGUUCUGAGCGUUGUUAUUGGUCGAUUAUUUUUGUUAGCCAAUUGCAACGCGCAGAACAGAACAGGAAGUUAGGAACUUGUAACAGGAACUGAGGAAAAUUUAAAUGGCUUUUAGCAACAUUGCAAAUUUCCUCAAGGGACAAUUUGCAAAGGAGUUUUUUAAAUUGCAAAAGUAAUGAGGAAAAUUGCAAUCAAUUUAGAAACUCCAAAGAGGAACGCUUCACGUAGUUUACCUGUAAUACCAUUUCCCCCCAGCUAUAAAUUCCCCUUUUUUCUAGCGCACCGUAUCGCUAAACAAGUUCAUAAAAAUCAAUUCAUAAAACCAUAGUGUUAUUCUUUAAAUCAAUGUAUUCGGCACACUCCUUGACAUCUUCGUGUUAACCGCGCAGACAAAACAGUAGAAAGGGACUGGAACUGAUGUCCAAUAACUCUUCAUUAUCCGCCAUCUUCACUGUUUGGCCUCGAGUUCUCACUCCAGUUGUAUAUAUGAAGCUCACUGGUUCUGAUCGGGUUUUUUACAACAAUCUUUUCUUGAUUUCUAACAGACACAGAGCUGCAACCAAACGUUCACAAGAUUCUCGCAUAUCCUCUGCUACCCCUGUUCCACCCGUUGAAGCCACACAUACCACUAGGGAACAUAUUCCAUCCACAUGUGAUCCCAAACUUUUGUUCUUCUGUCGCCAGAUUUAUGAUUACAGGAUGGGUAGGAUACUGAAGAACCCACUUUACAUCUAAAACAAGUUUAGGGUAGUGUUACUAAACUAGGAUGUAUUGUUACUCAGACAUUUGUUUCCUAAAACCUGUGGCCAAACCAGGAACAUUGUUUCGCGAGCCAUGUUUCCUGAAGGUGAACAAACCAGGAAACAUUGUUUCCUAGCCAUGUUUCCUGGAGCUGGACAAAUGAGGAACAUUGUUUCCUAGCCAUGUUUCCUGAAGGUGGACAAACCAGGAAACAUUGUUCCCUAGCCAUGUUUCUUGACGUGAACAAACCAGGAAACAUUGUUUCCUGAGCGAGUAAGAAGUUAUUGGAGAGCCUGUAAAGCUAUAGGAUAUGUAAACAAACAAGUAAGACAAAGAUCAAAGCACAGCGUUUUUCUUACCCUCCUGAUAUUGUUGUACAAAGUAUUUUUAAAGGCCAGCUGCAAAGGGCCUAUUGUCCUCUCUUAGCACUGUCUAUCUUGACAUUUUUUUGGAAAUACAUUUGUUUCCAGGAAUUUUGUUUCCGCAUCAAUGUUCCCUAG